UCGCCAUUCGAACCAUGGGCUGCUGCGCGCGCCCCAAAACCGCCUAACAACGCCGACGAGCGAUGCCGCCGCCGCCGCCGCUGCACGCCGUCGCCUCCCUCCCCUACCAAUGCUCCGUCCUCCUCCGCCAGCUUGCCGCGCGCCACUCCCCUGUCCCGGCCUCCCCCCGCUCCUUCCUCCGCGCCCUGCGCCGCCUCCACGCGCGCCUCCUCACCGCCGCGCUCCUCCACGACCCGUCCCACCCCCACCUCACGCUCCGCCUCCUCCACCUCUACACCCUCUCGCCCGACCUCGCCGCCCCGGCGAUCCUCUUCCGCUCGGACCCCGGCCCCAUCGCCGCCACGUCCCUCGUCUCCGCCUACGCCGUCGCCGGCCGCCUCCCCGAUGCCGCCUCCUUCUUCGACUCCGUCCCGCUCCCCCGCCGGGACACCGUGCUCCACAACGCCAUGAUAUCCGCGUUCGCCCGCGCCUCCCUCGCCGCGCCCGCGCUCUCCGUGUUCCGCUCCCUGCUUUGCUCUGACUCCCUUCGCCCCGAUGACUACUCCUUCACCGCGCUCCUCAGCGCCGUCGGCCACAUGCACAACCUCGCGGCGUCGCACUGCACGCAGCUGCACGGAGCCGUCCUCAAACUGGGCGCCGGGGCUGUCUUGUCGGUGUCCAACGCGCUCAUUGCGCUGUACAUGAAAUGUGAUGCACCUGAGGUGUCCCGGGACGCACGGAAGGUGCUUGACGAAAUGCCGGUUAAGGAUGAGCUCUCGUGGACUACUAUAGUCGUGGGCUAUGUCAGGAAAGGCGAUGUCCAUGCUGCUAGAUCAGCCUUUGAAGAGGUUGAUGCAGAGUUUGAUGUCGUGUGGAAUGCGAUGAUUUCUGGGUAUGUGCAAUCGGGAAUGUGUGCAGAGGCGUUUGAGCUGUUCAGGAGGAUGGUGUCGAAAAGGAUACCACCUGACGAAUUCACAUUUACUAGCGUCCUGAGUGCAUGUGCAAAUGCUGGUUUCUUUCUUCAUGGGAAGUCUGUCCAUGGGCAGUUCAUUCGGUUGCAGCCAAAUUUUGUUCCUGAGGCAGCUUUACCUGUUAACAAUGCGCUGGUGACCUUAUACUCCAAGUCCGGGAAGAUUUCUGUUGCUGCAAGGAUAUUUGACAGUAUGACUUUGAAGGAUGUCGUUUCUUGGAACACCAUUUUGUCAGGGUAUAUCGAGAGCGGUUGCUUGGACAAUGCAGCUAGGGUAUUUAAGGAGAUGCCAUAUAAAAGUGAGUUAUCAUGGAUGGUGAUGGUAUCGGGGUAUGUUCACGGAGGUCUCUCAGAAGAUGCUCUGAAGCUGUUUAACCAGAUGAGGUCUGAGGAUGUCAAGCCAUGUGAUUACACCUAUGCUGGUGCAGUAGCUGCAUGUGGUGAACUUGGAGCGUUGAAGCAUGGAAAGCAGCUCCACGCACAUAUUGUGCAGUGUGGUUUCGAGGCAAGCAAUUCUGCGGGAAAUGCACUACUAACCAUGUAUGGUAAAUGUGGUGCUGUGAAAGAUGCUCGUCUUGUGUUCCUUGUGAUGCCCAAUGUUGACUCUGUCUCAUGGAAUGCCAUGAUUGCAGCCCUUGGGCAGCAUGGACACGGUAGAGAGGCACUUGACCUCUUUGACCAGAUGGUUGCUAAAGGCAUAUAUCCUGAUCGGAUUUCAUUCCUCACAAUUUUAACAGCCUGCAAUCAUGCUGGCUUAGUAGACGAAGGAUUUCAAUAUUUUGAGUCCAUGAAAAGGGACUUUGGCAUUAGCCCUGGAGAAGAUCACUAUGCCCGGCUGAUAGAUUUGCUUGGCCGGGCUGGAAGAAUCGGAGAAGCAAUGGAUUUGAUCAAGACGAUGCCUUUUGAGCCUACCCCUGCCAUUUGGGAGGCAAUUCUCUCUGGCUGUCGGAUUAAUGGAGAUACGGAACUUGGUGCUUAUGCGGCGGAUCAGCUCUUUGAGAUGAUACCGCAGCAUGAUGGCACAUACAUACUACUGUCCAACACAUAUUCAGCUGCUGGACGCUGGGUUGAUGCUGCACGAGUAAGGAAGCUAAUGCGUGAUCGUGGGGUGAAGAAGGAACCCGGAUGCAGCUGGAUAGAAGUUGGAAACAAGGUUCACGUGUUUGUUGUUGGUGACACGAAACAUCCGGAAGCGCAUGAAGUCUACAAGUUCCUUGAAAUGGUUGGUGCUAAGAUGAGAAAGCUGGGAUAUGUUCCUGAUACAAAGUUUGUCCUGCAAGAUAUGGCACCCCAUCAAAAGGAAUACGUAUUAUUUGCGCACAGUGAGAAACUGGCAGUUAGUUUUGGACUUCUAAACUUGCCUCUUGGAGCUACAGUUACAGUUCUUAAAAACUUGAGAAUAUGCGGCGAUUGUCAUACUGCGAUGAUGUUCAUGUCACUGGCAGUUGGACGGGAGAUUGUCGUUAGGGAUGUUAAGCGGUUUCAUCAUUUCAAGGAUGGAGAAUGUUCAUGUGGUAAUUAUUGGUGAAUGUACGUUUGCUUGCUGUCAUGGCAGUGGACCUUCCAACAGAUGCCCCUUAAGUCAAGGAUUCAAAAGCCAAUUACAUAAACUGUAUAGGAUCAUGUCUGGUACCGGUUACUGACAAUAGCCAGUUAUCUCACGGGGUCCCAGUGGACAAUUUUUGAAUGAGAGAAGUCCACUUUACAACCCUGAACUCUUCGGUUCGUCUAAGAUUCAACCCCCGGCUCUCUUUUUGAAUCCGCAUCCAAACUUGGCUGGUUUUCAGUCAGUUACUAGCAGUUGAAACAGUUAGUGAAUUACCAUUCAUCAGAUCCAAAAAUUGCACCUCGAUUUUCAGAGGAAUAUUGGACUGAUCUUUUGUUUACUGUCCUACCCGACCAGUAACCACGAACCGCCGGUUUCGUAUGCCUCCCUCCAGUCCGUAUCUCAGCUUUACAUUACCAGCUAUGUUGGUUGUAAAUAAACAAGUGAUACCAUUCUAAUCCAGGGGCACGGACCAAUUCAGAUUUGCUGGCCGAAGAAUUCCCCUUAUCGUGAGAGAUCUGUUAACUAUACAGUCUAUGUUUUAUCUGUGCCUCGUAAACAAGUGACAGAUGGGUGUGCUAAUUCUGCCACAGAUAUUGGGGUCACAGUGCUGCCGAUGUGAUUUUCUUUGGUAUCCCAUGGCCUAUUUGGACCAAUCCAGUUUGUUCAGGCACAGUAGCUUUCUUCUCUUUGGUUAAGUUCAGGUGCCGUGGCACGUUCCAUUCAUAGUGCCUAAAUGAGACAAUGGAUAAGGAGAUGAAUUAUGAACCAACAGGGGAGACAGACAACAACAAGUAGGCAAGGAACUGGUGGCGCGUUACAGCAGAUGAAUCGUGAAUGGGUUUCCCAGUCAUUUUCACAAUGCUGGCAUGAGGCUGGAAAGAUACUGCGUUGAGCUCCCCGGACAAUGGAAGGUACAACUGAUUGUGUAUACUUCAUCAGCGGCGAAUACAUAAUUUAGUGCCUGAUCUGGCAUCUGUUUUAUUUCUAUUCGCCUUUCCUUAGAAACUACCGGUGCCCUUUUGACGUACUCCUACCAGCACGCAGAUAAAUAGAGAAGCCACGCUGUACCUUUGCUCGUUCUGUAUAGAUCGAUGCCCUCCUUUGGAUGGUAAACUUCGAAACCCAAGGAAUAUAUGCCGUUUUAAGCA